CGAGUGACAGCUGGGAUCGGUGUGCGCUAGUAAGAAACCUUCAUCUCCAAAUAGGAUGACUAGGAGCUUUUGUGAGGAGCGGUGUGCUAGCCUGCUGCGAAUGAACAGGGUUCGGGACACUACAUGGUCAAUUCUUGGAGGCAAGAUUUAUUCUGUUUCGGUUUCCUUAAAGGAUUUAAACAACAUUGGCUUUGAAAGUGGAUUUCUUCUGGAUUUUCUCGCUUGAAGAACAAAAGUUGUUGUUCAAAGCUCCCUCACGGUCUGUAUGACAAAAGCGCGUACUCUUCACAGAUUUCUAAAAGAAAAUAUUCUACUUAAACACUCAUGUAGUUAUACGAAGAACAAAGAUACUUUAAAUCGGAACUGCCCAGGCAAAAUCUUAAAUGGAUUACUAACGGGACGGUCUUGCAGCUAGUUCUGCUAUCCUUGCCUGCUGCCUAUUCAUGAGCAGGAGGCCAACAUAAAGAAAUAACCAAGUAAAGGACGAGCUGCGCUACUAUGAGGUCUGAAGCCUUGCUGCUAUAUUUCACACUAUUACAUAUCGCUGGGGCUGGAUUCCCUGAAGACUCUGAGCCAAUCAGUAUUGCACAUGGCAACUAUACAAAACAAUACCCAGCUUUCGUGGGUCACAAGCCAGGAAGAAACAACACGCAGAGGCAUAAACUGGAUAUCCAGCUGAUACUGAUAAUGAACAGGACACUCUACAUUGCUGCUAGGGAUCAUAUUUAUACAAUUGAUAUGGAUACAUCGCAUACGGAGGAAAUUUUUUUUAACAAAAAAUUGACAUGGAAGUCUAGACAAGGCGAUGUCGACACUUGUAGAAUGAAGGGAAAGCACAAGGACGAAUGUCAUAAUUUUAUAAAAGUUCUUCUUCAACAAAACAAUGAUACAUUGUUUGUAUGUGGAACAAAUGCCUUCAACCCUGCAUGCCGAACGUACAAGAUGGAUUCCCUGGACACAGUUGGAGAAGAGAUCAGUGGAAUGGCUCGAUGCCCCUAUGAUGCAAAGCACGCCAAUGUUGCUCUUUUCGCUGAUGGGAAGCUUUACUCUGCCACGGUAACGGAUUUUCUAGCGAUCGAUGCUGUCAUUUAUCGCAGCCUUGGAGACAGUCCAACCCUGCGAACAGUCAAACAUGACUCAAAAUGGCUGAAAGAGCCAUACUUUGUACAGGCAGUGGAUUAUGGUGACUACAUCUACUUCUUCUUUCGUGAAAUUGCAGUGGAGUACAACAGCAUGGGGAAGGUUGUUUUUCCCAGGGUGGCACGAGUGUGCAAGAACGACAGAGGAGGGUCUCAGAGGGUGCUGGAGAAGCAGUGGACUUCAUUUCUCAAAGCUCGUCUCAACUGCUCGGUCCCUGGGGAUUCCCAUUUCUAUUUCAACAUCCUCCAAGCUGUGACUAACGUAAUCCAGAUAAACGGCCGUGAUGUAGUCAUGGCAACAUUUUCAACACCCUACAACAGCAUCCCCGGUUCUGCAGUGUGUGCCUAUGACAUGGCAGAUGUUGCCAAUGCCUUUACUGGAAGAUUCAAAGAACAGAAGUCCCCCGACUCCACUUGGACUCCCGUCCCUGAUGAGAGAGUGCCCAAACCGAGGCCGGGUAGUUGUGCUGGGUCAGCAUCAGUUGAGAAAUACAAAACGUCCAAUGAAUUUCCCGAUGAUACCUUAAAUUUCAUUAAAAUGCACCCGCUAAUGGAUGAAGCAGUGUCAUCCAUUGCAAACAGACCAUGGUUCUUGAAGACAAUGGUUCGAUACAGACUGACCCGCAUUGCUGUGGAUAAUGCUGCAGGACCUUAUCAGAAUCACACCGUCGUUUUCCUUGGAUCAGAGAGGGGGAUCAUUUUAAAAUUCCUGGCCAAAAUGAGCAGUGGUUUCUUAAAUGACAGUCUUUUCUUGGAGGAGCUGAAUGUCUACAACCCAGAAAAAUGCAGCAUUGAUGGUGUGGAGGACAAGAGAAUUGUUGGUAUGCAGUUAGACAAAAAAGGGGGUUCCCUUUAUGUGGCUUUCACAUCUUGUGUCGUAAAAGUGCCACUGUCAAGAUGUGAACGUCAUGGCAAAUGCAAGAAGGCAUGCAUUGCAUCACGUGACCCCUAUUGUGGAUGGGUAAAAGAAGAAACAUGCACAGACAUCUCACCUGACACCAAAUUGGCAUUUGAGCAGGACAUUGAGCACGGCAACACAGAUGGGCUGGGUGACUGCCAAAAUUCUUUUGUGGCUUUGAAUGACAUUCCAACCAGUCCUCAAGGUCGUGAAAAGUCUCGAAACUCUCUGCAUGGACACACAGGCUUUCCUUUUCUCACCACUUCCCACACACCAGCCAAAGAGAUACUUGAGGAUCGGGGGCGAAUGCUUGAUCAAAAAGAUACCGGAGCCCCCUCUGACAAGAAGGACCCAUACAUGGCAGGCUCGCCCCAUAAUCAUCAUGAUACCAAUGGCGUGAUACGAGAGAGUUACCAGAAGGGUCGUGAUCAGCUCGUUCCUGUCACCCUCUUGGCGAUAGCAGUCAUCCUGGCUUUUGUAAUGGGAGCCAUCUUCUCCGGAAUCAUCGUCUACUGUGUAUGUGACCAUCGGAGGAGGGAUGUGGAGAUGGUCCGGAGGAAAGACAAAGAAACGGUGCACUCAAGAAGAGGGUCAAUGAACAGUGUCACCAAACUCACAGGGUUGUUCGAGACCCAGGCAAAGGAGCCCAAGCCCGAAGCUAUCCUCACCCCACUGAUGCAUAACGGCAAGAUGGGGACGCCCAAUGGCACAGUGAAAAUGCUGAUUAAAGCUGAUCAGCAUCACUUAGACCUCACUGCGCUGCCCACUCCCGAGUCCACGCCUACCUUACAACAGAAGCGGAAGCCGAGCCGCGGCAGCCGUGAAUGGGAGAGAAACCAAAACCUGAUCAAUGCCUGCACAAAAGACUUGGCUCCGAUGGCUUCUCCGGUCAUCCCCACGGAUCUCCCGCUGCGGGCGUCUCCGGGGCACAUCCCCAGCGUGGUGGUCCUCCCCAUCACCCAGCAGUCUUAUCAGCAUGAAUAUGUGGACCAGCCCCACAGGGUUGAGAUGAACCAGAUUGCCAUGGAAGACCAGAGUGCCACACUGGAAUAUAAGGCUAUUAAAGAACACCUAGGCAGUAAGAGCCCAUGCCAUGGCUUAAAUAUAGUGGAAAACGACGCCAUCCCGCCCAGAGUUCCUCAGAGAGAAGCAUCCCUGGGGCCUCCCACUGGAGUACCUCAGAUGGGAAAACGUCUAGAAGUGCAUUCCUCUGCAUAUGGCCACGAUUACAAGAGGGGGUACCCAUUAAGCUCUCAGCAGAAAAGCCAUCAAGGAUCUGCUCUCAAAAAGCACAACACUAACUCCUCAAAUUCUUCACACUUAUCUAGAAACCACAGUUUCAACAGGGUGGAAAACCCACCUCCUGCUCCACAGAGAGUGGACUCCAUACAUAUGAAUGCUCAGGCACAGGCUGUGACUGUGUCCAGACAGCCAAGCAUGAGCUCAUACAGCUCUCUGCCCAGGACGGGGGUGAAACGCACACCUUCCUUAAAGCCUGAUGUACCACCCAAACCCUCAUUAGUUCCCCUUUCAGCAAACAUCAAUCCAAAUGAUGCAUGUACAUAAUUACCACCUGAGAGACAGGGAACGCAACUGCAUUGACUUUACUGUCUCUUGUCUGUGUACAGCAAAUGCAACAAAAGGUUUUUUUUAGGAAAAAAAAAGGCUGUUGUUGAGCUCAGGAUGUUUGGUCUCAUUCCCUGGGAAAAGUGGAAUAUUUUCUGUUGAAACCUACAAACUACGAUGAAACAAAAGAACAACAACAACAAAAAAAUAAGCCACGCCAUCCUUCAAUGCUGUAAGAGAUGGCAGCAAAGCAUUAUACAGCAACCCAAUGGAAAUUUUGUAACAACAGGCCAAAAGCACAAUGUUGCAUUGAAUGUGUAAUCACUCUUGUACUGUACAGCUCGCUCUCAGCUCAGUGAGAAGAGAGGAGAAAAGUGCAUUGACAAAGCUGACUCAGACUUUAAACAAUGGCUUACGUUUACUGUGUGCAGAUAACUGUGAAACGCCUCUCAGUGUUACACCAAUUGGUCAUCGCAAUCAAGUGCUGCUUUGGUCCAGGCUUUGGCCUGAAAAAUCUGCUACUGGUUACUGAAUAACACAUGACUGUUAACACUAAUAGCUCCUUGUAUUUAUUAUUUAAGUGCUUUUGAAAAAAAGAAAAAAGACUGCCUUUGAGGCUACAAAAAUCUCUUGAGACAAUUAAUCAAGUGUGAAAUUAUUUAAAGUCAAUUAACUGGAGCCAGUCAAUGUUUAUUUUUUAGCAAAUGGGUCCACUAACUGUGUGGAGCUGGUUUCUUGAACUUUGUUUGGACUUUCCUACACACAUGAAUUUUCUGAAAAAGGGGGAAUAUUUAUUUAAUUGUGCCAGGUGGCUGCUGAUUGGAUCUGAGAUCGUCAGUAAGCAAAAACUCCAAGGUUGAAACGUAAAACAAACUACAAAAGGAACUCGUAAACUGCACAUUUAUCACACCAUUGAUGUCAGCAUUCAGUAAUAUGGCUUUUGUCAGUAGUUGAUACUUUCUGAAAAGGCAUUGGCUUGUGACGUGCCAUCUCAUUUCACAUUUGCAUGUAAAAAUGCAAACAAAAAAUGGAAAGAAUACCACGCAAAACUAAAGGUGUGAAAAACAUUUAUAUGCCAGCUAUUAAAAUGCAUAAUUUGUAGUCUUAUCACACGGGUUCUUAGUUGGAAUACAUCUGUGAAUAGCCUGUUUUUUCUUCCACAUGUAAAUUUGUGCCUUACACCCUGAGUUGUGCAUAGUUCUUUAGCUGUUAAAUAAGUUUCCUUUCAAUUUCAGUUGUUUUUUUAACAAUUAAAUUAUUUUCCCUUGUCUGAUUAAAGCAAAUAAAAGAAUGUAGAUGUUAUUGUUGUAACUCUGGUCCCUAGAAAUAUUCGGGGGUAGCACCACACCCUUCAUCGUGGUUCAUUUCUAAUUGUGCCAACAUUGCUCUUGAACAAACCCCUUGUUGUGCUGGCAGUGUAGACAGUGCUGUGGGUGGCAUUUUUUUAAUCAUUGAGUCCUGUUUUUUUGUCUUCUUUGCUGUUAAAGAAUGAGAGAUGUGAGUUCUUACUAUGGCCUCUUUUGUGUGAUGCACUGAUAUAUGAAACACUAUCUGAUUGGCUGCAAUGUAGAUGAAAGGGCACCAUGACAUUUAUAAUGUAAAUUAUAGAAAUCAAUAACCAGGCAGUAGAUGCAGGCUGGUUCCUGCAACAAUGAAAAGCUGCAAAAUAAGGGCAACCAAAAGGUUUUUUUCUCCCAGAAAAGAAUUCAUUGGACAGCUGGUUUUAAUAUUUGGUUCUUUUGCUUUUUUUAUUCAACCAGAUUAGCAUGUUUUAAUCUAUUAAAUAUCUUUAUCAACAUGCUGUAGGGAUUAUUUUUAUGUACUAAUCUGUAUUAUUUCAAUUUUUUAUACCUAAUUUUCAAUCUCCCCUUUUUCUCCCCAAAUGGACAGAAGGACUGCUCAUCAGGUAGUGUUUAGCAUUUAGAUAGAUAAUUUAGAUCAGCUAGGUAAAAGUGUGUAACAAGGGUGUAUGCACCUACUUGCUUCCCCAUACUCUAUUUUUCAACUAAAUCUGCUUUUUACUAUAAAUUGUGGAGAAUUGGCUGAUUGUCAUCAAACAACCAAAGUGAAUUAAAUCAAUAAGUGGCUUCUUCACAGUCGAAAGGGGUCAAGUUGUUUAACCUUUACUUGUUCAUCCAAAUUUAUUUCUUAAUUAGGUCUGGGUUGUUUUGGUGGUGUUUUUACACAGCCUUAAAACAGCAGCAGGUAUUUAAUAUAGGGACACUCAUUUUGAAUUGAAUCAACAUGUUUAUCAGAUUACCAGAGAUACUGCCCACAGUGUCAAUGGCAUCUUCAUAGGCCAUGAGUCCCUUAGUGUGCCUUCGUCUUUCACCCUUGCUAUACACUGCUAGAAGCAACUAAGUCAGACUCUUGAUUUUUGUAAAAUAUUGUGAUGUCACAGACUUCCCCUUCUUCACCUUCUUAACAUCUGAUUCACAGCUAAAUGUAUGUUGUAAAGAAAUUCUCUUUAAUAAUUGAAAAAAUGUAAUAAAAACAAAUGAAAGCA